AUGGCCCAGUCGGCUGUCAAGACCUUUUUAGAAUCAAAGGGUCUCUCUGCUACACAAGCAUGGAUUGAUACCUUCAUCAGUUCAAGUCGUCAAGGACUUCCUCUACCAGCCCUCCAAAAGACGGCUCUAUUCCGCAUACUGGCUUCGGAUCUCACCUCAUCAAUCAAAGCCACUCCAACCAACACUCUCUCACCAAAUGCUCUCAAUUCUACAGUCAAGGAACUCCGCGUGCCAGAUAGCAUACCUGUUCAGGUUCUUGAUAUUGAAGAUAUAGGACGCAGCGCUUGGAGCCAAGUCGAAGCUAUCGAGGCUCAAGAACGCGGUGAGACUACAAAAGGCAGGGAAGUCAUCCGUGUCGUGCCUGGCGAAGAAGCCGACCCAGCCAGAGAUGGCACCGCUCCAAUCAUCAAAAGUAACGGUCCACACAAAUUACUUUUACAGGACGCCAAAGGAACAAAGAUAUACGGCUUCGAAGUCACUGACGUUGACGGCAUCGACUUGAAUCUGAGUAUUGGCGCAAAACUCAUUUUGAAAAACAUGACGAUUGCCAGAGGUGUUGUCUUACUCGAUCCGAAUAGCACUCAACUUCUUGGAGGCAAGGUUGAUGUAUGGGACAAGGCCUGGAGAGCUGGCAGGAAAGAGUCUUUGAAAGCAAAGGUUGGUCCGAGAGAGGAAGAAGAGCUCUGA